UAUUGGACCAGACCGGCCGGUUGGGUUUCUUUUUCAGAAGGACAAGACAAUGUAUGUUUAUAAUAAGCGUUUUAAAUCCACACAACCCUUUAACAAUAUGCUCGUUUGAGAUUUAUUUAAAAACAUUUUAAAGUCUAUUGCAUCUGGCUGGAUACUACUCAUGGAAAAUGAAGAUAAUAUCUCGGAUGUUGUCGUUCGGAGUAAACCCAAUCCAAUACUCGAAAAACUUCUUGUAUUCAAAGUAUACAAGAGGAGAUGGUUCAUUUUGUUCGUGCUGUGCUUGCUGAAUUGCUCGAACUCUAUGGUAAGCAGCCAGCCUACUUGUCAUUUGCUGUCUCACAUAUGAAGUUGGCUGUUAUCUGUCAAGGAAUGAAUUAUGUGAUUUUUUAACUUUUUGUAGCAAUGUAACAUCUCUGUAGCUAGGUUUCCAUCCAAUUCGCGACAGAUUUUCAUGCGAAUAUUCUCAAAUCCGUAUAAAGAAAAUAUGCAUAUUUUCCCACCAGUGGUGUUUCCACCAAACUGACUUGCUGAUAAAAAGCAGUGCGUGAUGACCAAUGAUUUAUAUAUACACUAGAUGACUGACAGGGGGUGCUGUUUUGAAGCCACCGUGCCUCCAGCUUGGCACUCCCUCCCCAUCGUAAAACAUAUUUUAGAAGCCAAAUUCUAUUACAGACACAUUAAUACAUACUUUUAAAUUCUAUUAUGUGAGCUAAACAUAAAAAUAAAAUAUAUACAAAUAUUUUCCUUCAAGUAUCAUUUUUAGAAAGUACUAAUAUUACUGUCCCCACAAAAAAAAAAAAAAAAAAAACGUAAAUACAUGUCAUUUUGGCAUUGAAACGUUUAAUUGAAAUACUGUAGAAUUCCAUUCAUUCUGUGGAGGACUGCUCCACAGAGUUUUUAAACCGAGAGGCGCAACAUCGCAAGACUUCUGGGAACGCUUGAGAAACAGACCAAACAGACCUGGCCAGGGUUUGGGAAGUCAAUGAAAGAAGUCAACAAUUCUUCCUUGGUUGUUAAUUUUAUCGAAAUCUAAAGGCAUAACGUAGAUUCUAGCCAAUGUAUUAAGUAGCUGAACAUGUUAUUACUCCAACCUCGUGAAAGUGACACUGAAACGUUUUCAUUUUCGUCAAAAACAACUUUAUAUCGAAGGAGUGCCUUUGAUUUGAAGGCCUGCACAUGUACAGUUCGGCCCGAGACAACCGUUAUGCCUGGAUCACACCGACAGUGUCAUUGCAUUUCGGUAUACCAGAAGUACAUUCAUUUCCAAUGGAACGCUGCAUUUGCCUUGCAACAUUGCAGAGGCAGUUGCAGUAUGUUCUGUGUGGUGCAUACAUUGGAUUUAUCGAAUGUAUGCGUCAAACUGUAUGCGUAGACUGCUUGACACUUUGAACACACCGACUGCGUCAUUGCAUAAAAUAGUAUGCAGCAUCAUCUAGAUAUGUGUGCAACAAAAGUUCAACAUUCAUCUUCUGCUACCAUUUCUGUCACCCCGUUUACGCAUACAGUUUGACGCAUACGUUCGAUAAAUUCAACGUAUGCACCACACAGAAUACACUACAACUGCCUCUGCAACGCAAUGCUGCAAGGCAAACGCAGCGUUCUAUUGGAAAUUAAUAUACUUCUGGUGUACCAAAACGCAAAAACGCAGUCGGUGUGUUCAAAGCGUUACACCUAAAUCUAACGUAUGCACCACACAGAACCAGUCGCGGUGUGUGGGUAAAAUCACUGGGGAAGCCAAGCCAUAUAUGCCCUGCGAACGUGAUAUAUAGGCCUAAAGGCCGAGACAAUAAGAAGACACUGUGGCAGAAUCAAUUCAACCACACCUUUUUUUUUUUGCAUGUACGGUAACAGACAGUUACAUGACCUACAGCAUGGUCAAGCAAGUUCAUGUUUCCGACACUUUUGGACCACUAAACAACUAUUGAUUUAGAACCACAGAGAGUUACCACAAGUCGCAAAAAAAACAGGAGCUGCCUCCACUAUUCCAGCACCAUUUCAACUUCAACAUUUCAACAUCAUCAGAUCACCUCUGCUUAGUCUAAUACAGUGACAACUAAAAGAUACCAAAAACAAUUUAGUCCAAUCAACGUAAGCUAAAUAUGAUGUGGCUGUCCAUGGUUCUCAUUUGUGUGUGUGUGUGUGUGUGUGUGUGUGUCCGUCCACGUUCGUGCAAGUAGAAAAACAUGUUGACUCACACUACCUGUAGAGAAACGCUAAUGCCAUCCUCCUCUCUUUCAUGUUGAGGAAACAGUCUAUCACUCUGUCAUACAGUACACACUUUUAUUUUUUGUUGUCCCUGGCUAAAAAGCUUGCUUGCUAGCCUAACUUCCAUUCAUGGGAAACAUUAGCUAGUUAACAUUAACCAUUAACCACCUGGUUAUCAGAAGGGGGAAAAGUGAGAAUUCAUUGUGUGUCAUCUGCGUAGCAAUGAUAGGAGAGACCAUGUGAGGAUAUGACAGAGCCAAGUGACUUGGUGUAUAGAGAGAUUAGGAGAUUGCCUAGAACUGAGCCCUGGGGGACACCAGUGGUGAGAGCACGUGGUGCGGAGACAGAUUCUCGCCACGCCACCUGGUAGGAGCAACCAGUCAGGUAGGACGCAAUCCAAGAGUGAGCAGCGCCGGAGAUGCCCAACUCCCGGGGAAGGGUGGAGAGGAGGAUCUGAUGGCUCUUAUUCUAGAAGGAUAAGAGCAGAGGAGAGAGAGUUAGCUUUAGCAGUGCGGAGAGCCUCCGUGACAAAGAGAAGAGCAGUCUCAGUUGAAUGACCAGUCUUGAAACCUGACUGGUUUGGAUCAAGAAGGUCAUUCUGAGAGAGAUAGCAGGAGAGUUGGCUAGAGAUGGCACGCUCAAGAGUUUUGGAGAGAAAAGAAAGAAGGGAUACUGGUCUGUAGUUGUUGACAUCGGAGGGAUCGAGUGUAGGUUUUUUGAGGAGGGGUGCAACUCUCGCUCUCUUGAAGACAGAAGGGACAUGGCCAGCGGUCAAGGAUAAGUUGAUGAGCGAGGUGAGGUAAGGGAGAAGGUCUCCGGAAAUGGUCUGGAGAAGAGAGGAGGGGAUAGGGUCAAGCGGGCAGGUUGUUGGGCGGCCGGUCGUCACAAGUCGCAAGAUUUCAUCUGGAGAGAGAGGGGAGAAAGAAGUCAAAGCAUAGGGUAGGGCAGUGUGAGCAGGACCAGCGGUGUCGACUUAAUAAAUGAGGAUCGGAUGUCGUCAACCUUCUUUUCAAAAUGGUUGACGAAGUCAUCCACAGAGAGGGAGGAGGGAGGGGGAGGAGAAGGAGGAUUCAGCAGGGAGGAGAAGGUGGCAAAGAGCUUCCUAGGGUUAGAGGCAGAGGCUUGAAAUUUAGAGUGGUAGAAAGUAGCUUUAGCAGCAGAAACAGAGGAAGAGAAUGUAGAGAGAAGGGAGUGAAAAGAUGACAGGUCCGUAGGGAGUCUAGUUUUCCUCAAUUUCCGGAGCCCUGUUCUGUGAGCUCGCAAUGAGUCGUCAAGCCACGGAGCAGGAGGGGAGGACCGAGCCGGCCGGGAGGAUAGGGGACAUAGAGAGUCAAAAGAUGCAGAAAGGGAGGAGAGGAGGGUUGAGGAGGCAGAAUCAGGAGUUCGGAGGGAGAAGGAUUUAGCAGAGGAAAGAGAUGAUAGGAUGGAAGAGGAGAGAGUAGCAGGAGAGAGAGAGCGAAGGUUGCGACGGCACAUUACCAUCUGAGUAGGGGCAGAGUUAGUAGUGUUGGAGGAGAGCGAGAGAGAAAAGGAUACAAAGUAGUGGUCGGAGACUUGGAGGGGAAUUGCAGUGAGAUUAGUAGAAGAACAGCAUCUAGUAAAGAUGAGGUCAAGCGUAUUGCCUGCCUUGUGAGUAGGGGGGGACGGUGAGAGGGUGAGGUCAAAAGAGGAAAAGAGUGGAAAGAAGGAGGCAGAGAGAAAUGAGUCAAAGGCAGACGUAGGGAGGUUAAAGUCACCCAGAACUGUGAGGGGUGAGCCAUCCUCAGGAAAGGAACUUAUCAAAGCGUCAAGCUCAUUGAUGAACUCUCCAAGGGAACCUGGAGGGCGAUAAAUGAUAAGGAUUAAGCUUGAAUGGGCUAGUGACUGUGACAGCAUGGAAUUCAAAUGAGGAGAUAGACAGAUGGGUCAGGAGGAAAAGAGAGAAUGUCCACUUGGGAGAGAUGAGGAUUUCUGUGCCACCGCCGCGCUGACCAGAUGCUCUCGGGGUAUGCGAGAACACAUGAUCAGAUGAGGAAAGAGAAGUAGGAGUAGCAGUGUUUUCUGUGGUAAUCCAUGUUUUCGUCAGCGCCAAGAAGUCAAUCUCUGUCAAGCCGUCUACAUUUACAUUUUAGUCAUUUAGCAGACGCUCUUAUCCAGAGCGACUUACAUGAGCAAUUAGGGUUAAGUGCCUUGCUCAAGGGCACAUCGACAGAUUUUUCACCUAGUCGGCUAGGGGAUUAGAACCAGCGACCUUUCGGUUACUGGCACAACGCUCUUAACCACUAAGCUACCUGCCGAUAAAUCCAACAUAUGCACCACACAGAACGCACUGCAUCUGCCUCUCCAAUGCAAUGCUGCAAGGCAAACGCAGUGUUCCAUUGGAAAUGAAUGUACUUCUGGUGUACCGAAAUGCAAAAACGCUGUCGGUGUGAUCGAGACAUUAGACCCGAUGACGUGUUUCUACGCAUGAGCUUUGCUAUCCAACGUUGCUAUGACAAGGAGCAUCAAACUCAUCAUUGUAAACUUUCACCACCAUCCUGUGAAGUUCAUCGUAACUUAUUUGAUCUUUAGCCUAAUAAACUGCACGCUUUCCUGAGUCAUAGUGAUUUAAUAGGGGAUGUGUGCCUUAGGGCAAAUACCCCCUAAAACCAUACAUGAUGAGGACCAAAUCAACAUUCCAUCUUAUUAUCUGUCAUGUCAACAGAGUUGUUUCCGUGCAUCAUUACAGAACAUGUUCCUCAUUGUAAGUUAGAAUCUAAGAAACAGAUGUAAAAAAAAUAUAUAUAAUUACUUUAACCCACACUGUAAUUACGCUAUACUUGUAUGUACUACCAUCUAUACAGUAUAUGGAUUGAGGACACUUUGAAUUCUACAUCCAUUCAUAGAGGUUAUAUGUAACGACAAAGGUGGAAACCUACAGUGGAAUGCUGUGCUCACAUAUGCAGCAGACAGUGGUGGCAUUGUGUGCCCGUGUCAGCUGACCUACUCCUUCAUCUCGGCUGCAUAAAUGUGAUUUUCUUGAAUGUCAACAAAAGAGAGAAUUGUACAGAGUCCCUUUUUGUUGUUGCAGUGUCUGCGAACAAUUCACUUCCAUCCAAUUGGUUAUGCCUCUUGUCAAGGCACUGUGUAUUGUGUACUGUCACACAAUCACUCAAUGGCACGCUUUGGUUUUCCCCAGAAAACCUCAGUUAUUCAAGUUGAAAUGCAGGAGAGUUUUAUUUGGUCCUCUUUAAAGUAAAAAAAAAAGUUAUAUUUGAAAGAGAAGGCACAGGGGUCAAACUGUAUAUGGUUAACCUGCUAUGGUUGUAUAGGCCUGUCACUCUUCAUUUGGCUGGGAUGGUUGGUCUCACUUCUCAGUAUAGGAAUUCUCCAUGUUCGUUUUGACCAGUGAAUGCCAAUAUAAAUAGGCCUAUGUAAACGCUUUAUAGUAGCCACUGAUUUGAUUAGAUCAGCAUAAAGCUGGGUCAUGUGCAAAAGCCUUGUGAGUCAUAACUUCUGUUUUCACGUGACUUGGCGUUCCACAAGGAAAGGCUGUGAUUUACUUCCUGCUCAGUGAUGUAUCUUUUAAUGACAUUAUCACAUACAAUGGGAUCCAAAAUCAUUGACACCCUUGAUAAAGAUGGGUAAAAAUGACUGUAUAAAUAAUAAAAAAUAUACUAAGCUAUGUUGUAUGCUCAAAAAUGGAGAAAUUAUGUUAUUUUAUACUAAUACUUGCUCAGAGAAAGAGAUUUUGUUAAACAAGUAUUACUUUUUUUUCUCAAAAAGUUAGGGGUCUAAAUGAUUGACAUCCCUGUUUUCAAUACCUUUCAAUACCUCACCUUGCGAGGAUAACUGGUUUGAGUGGCCAAAUAGCUCUAUUUUCAUGUCAUCCAACAAAUGUAAACCCCUGGAGUUUGCUAAACGGCAUUGGCAUUUGGAUUGGAACCGGUGCUUUGGUCAGAGGUAUUGAAAACAGGGGUGUCAAUAGUUUUGAUCCUUACCUUUUUGAGAUUUUUUAACUAAAUCUCUUUCUCUGAGCAAUUGUAGUAAUAAGAAUAUACUGUAGCAGGUAGCUGACAAGUGGUGGCUAUUCAGCAGCCUGAUGGUCUGGGGGUAGAAAGUAUGGCCUCCACCAUGUAGAUGAUGGGCAGCCAGUUGAUUUGGUCCAGGGUGACACCAAUGAACUGGGCUGACUGGUCCGCCACUGGAGCAAUUGGCCAGUCUGACAGUUUUGACCAUGAUGGUCCUAUACUGCCGGCGUCUGAGUGAUGGAAGCAGGGAGAUCAGGCUGUGGCUCGGGUGGCUGAGGUCCCUGAUGAUCUUCUUGGCCUUCUUGCGAUACCUGGUGUUGUAGAUGUCCUGGAGGGCAGGCAGUGUGCACCCAAUGGUGCGUUCGGUUGAAUGUACCACCCUCUGUAGAGCUUUGCGGUCAGCGGCGGUGGAGUUGCCGUACCAGGCUGUGGUGCAGCCCGACAGUAUGCCCUCUGCAUUGUAACUUUGGACAGAUAGAACGAUUGAGGAAAUGAAGAACAGAUGUGUGUACAAGCAGCACUAAAGAAAUAUGUAGAUUAGAUCAUGUAAUAACCCAUUUAUUGUAUGUUAUCAAAUUAUCCUAAAUGUGUUUGUGCCUGUGCUUGUAUCCCCAGUUAUGGCUGACCUUUGCUCCAGUGGCGGACCAGUCAGCCCAGUUCAUGGGUAUCACCCUGGACCAGAUCAACUGGCUGUCCAUCAUCUACAUGGUGGUAGCCAUACCUCUCAGCUUUGGGACCACAUGGAUGCUGGACACCUUAGGGCUCCGAAUCACGGUAUGUACAGACUGGUCAAGGUAGAACCCACACAGGUCUCCCUUGUAAAAGAGGUCUCCUGACCUCAAUGGGACUUCGUGGAUAAAUAAAGGUCAAAUAAAUAAAACAGACCAUUAGACCUGCCUUGGUCUUGGUUUACAAGUCUGUGCACACACGUGUCUGUUUCUGAAAACAGAAUCUGUCUACUGUGAGGAGAGUCAAUAUCCAGUACUUGAAAUGAAAGUUUGUUGCCUUCAAGAUAUCCAUGAAAGAGGUGUAUGUGGGAAAUUUAGUGAAGUGUGAAUGUUUGAGUCAGAAACAUUUCAGAUAGUAAGAAAGUAAGCGUGUGUGCGUGCUUUGGAUAGGAAGUCUGCUGUCAGUGAUAGAGGAAGCCGCCACGUGCAGAUGGCACUUUUUUUAAGCAGUUGUACAAGUUUGCACCUGCACAGAGGAGAUAAAACAUGAUAGGUAGAACAAAAAGUAAAAUAUAUGUUAAGAGAAUGAAUGAUAUCAUAAGAUAACGUAAACAAAUAUCCACACAAGUGUAUCAUGUUUAAUUUGUCUUUUGUCCUUUCUUCCAAUUGAGGAAAAACACGUACAAAGCCAAUGCGAACUGGUGUUGAAUCAUGCAUUCUGUUCCCUCCCUUGCCUGUUUCCCAUGUAGCUGGUGCUGGGUUCCUGGCUCAACAUGUUGGGCGCUGUGCUGCGUUUCGUGGGCGUCCUGGGGAGCAUUCCCAGUGCGGCCAAAUUCCCCGUGGUGAUGGGGGGCCAAACCCUGUGUGCCCUGGCUCAGCCCCUGGUAAUUUUCACCCCCACCAAGCUGGCAGCGCUCUGGUUCCCAGAGCACCAGCGGGCCACCGCCAAUAUGAUAGCCUCCAUGUGUGAGUGAGUUACGGUUGCUGUCCUGUACAGGACUAUUUUUCCCAUCAGGCCUCAAGUUACUCUGUUAAAACCACCUGUGUCAAGUCGAACAUUAUUGGUCAAGUUACCACUUGUUUAGUAUUGUCAGUUGCUCCUCUUGGGUUUUUUGAUUUUUCAGUUACAGGAACUGAGAUUCCUGAAAGUAGGAAUAGAAUGUCAGAUGUCUGGUAGUGUUGGCUUCAAAUACAGGACAAUACCAUGCCGGCCUAUUUUAAAAUAUAUUCGGUGGCAUUUUUCUUUUUCUCCUUUCAGCAAAUCCCCUUGGGAUUCUUGUUGCUAGCAUCUUUUCCCCUAUGAUUGUGGGGACCACCAACAACAUCCCUUCAUUGGUGAGCUAAGAAAAAGGAGAAUGUUUAGCUAGCACCAUAUGAAGAUAAAUUGCCUUUGACUUUAAAUUACCAAUACAUUUAUCAAUCUAUUACAAACUUUUUCCUCAUCCACUGAUCUUCCCAGCUGUUCAUAUAUGCUGUACCAGCAGCCAUCAUCUGUUUCCUCGCAACAGUGGGGAUCCGUGAUAGUGCCCCCCCAACGCCCCCCUCAGCCAGUGCAGAAAGCUCCAACUCAGAGCCCUUCCUGGGGGGAAUCAAGCUAGUGAGUAGUAGUCAUACGCACACAAUGACAAUACUGUACUACUUGAUAAUAUCUUUGGUUACCCCUCAACAUUUCCACAUUCACUCCUCAUUAUACAUAGGUUCAGUUUUAAUCAUACUACAUUUGAGAGGGGUAGUGGCCUACAUCUUGCAUUGAAUGAUCCCUGACUGCAAUCCUAUAACAGGAGCAUCUCUAACCCCCAGUCUGCCUCCUGUUCCUUUGUAGUUGCUGAAGAACAAGGCUUACAUGAUUCUCCUGCUGUGCUUCGGCUCGGGGAUCGCUGUGUUCACCUGCUUCUCUACACUGCUGGAGCAGAUCAUGUGUGUCCGAGGAUACACUAAUGUAAGCACCCACUUAUGAUCCCAAAUUACCAACAAGAUUAGUUUUUCAUUGCAAAAGAAUGAAUGAGAUUAUGGCCCACGAUUGUUUUCUGAACAAUAUUUUCACCAUCUCGCCAAAAUAACGAAUGAAACAAUGUGAAACAUAACCUUAAUGUGUGUUGUGUUAGGACUUUGCAGGACUGUGCGGGGGUCUCUUCAUUGUGUUCGGUAUUGUCGGGGCUGGUUUCCUGGGACUGUACGUUGACAAAACCAAGAAGUUCACAGAGGCCACCAAGGUUAACAUGUGCCUUUCAGCACUGGCCUGCAUUGCCUUUUCAGUGGUGAGCCUGGGUCAAAGGUCAGGGUUAUCAGUCUUGUACUUCAUGAAGCACUGUGAUGACAAAACAGUUUUCUUCUAAGGUGGAAGAAAAUAGGAUAUAUUUGCAGUUUAUUUAUUUUUUUGUCAUUUAGCAGAUGCUCUUAUCCAGAGCGACUUACAGGAGCAAUUAGGGUUACGUGCCUUGCUUAAGGGCACGUCGACAGAUUUUUCACCUAGUCGGCUCGGGGAUUAGAACCAGCGACCUUUCGCACAACGCACUUACCCACUAAGCUACCUGCCGCCCGUUCUGUGUGUAUGUGUGGUGUAGACAACACCUUCUCAUCCCCAUGUGUUUCCCCCUACCAGGUAUCUCAGAUGCGGAACCAGGGAAUAGCCGUGGCCGUUGUUUGUUCGUUAUUCGGCUUUUUCGGCUUCUCCAUUUACCCGGUUGCCAUGGAGUUGUCUGUGGAGUGCUCCUACCCGGUUGGAGAGGCCACCUCAGCCGGCCUCAUCUUCAUAUCAGGGUACAUAUGUCUGAUACUGGUUCAUACAAGGACAACACACACUGAAGAGCAAGACUGUAAAUACAGGCUUAUGUGUUAAUACGCAUGUGCUUGUUUUGUUCCCCAGACAGAUCCAGUCAGUUAUCUAUAUACUGCUUCUUCAGGGGUUGACCAAACAAAUGGCCGACUCGCCCUUCUCUACCUGUUCUGCAGGAGGAGAUGCAGCCUUGAGUUGGAGGGGUAAGUCAAGAACUGCCAUAUGUAUCAGAGGGAGAAAUUAAUUCAAUUUCUGCAGGCAAUUACAGCUAUUAGUUGUUUUGUUAGCAGUUUAGACAACAUUUUGGCUGAAAUUGAAACAGCGUUUUAAACCACACAUGCUUUGCCACAGCUAAAAAUACUAGUAGCAGAUGCAUCAUGCCCAUUGAAAUUGAGGGGACAAGUGACCCCACAAGCUAUAGUUUGUGACAUAGUAUACAUUAAAAAUAUAUAGAAUUUUGCUAUUACUUCCCCUUCCAAAAAGAAGUGACGUGCAUGAUGCCUCUGGUAAAGGAAGCAGAUCCACUUUUUAGACAUCCCAAGGCCAAAACACAGUGAUGAUGGAUGUUAAGUUGCUGCUCUCACUUCUGUUUAUGAUAUAAUGAAAUCCUCUCAGGCCUUGAUGUCAUUGAUAUGGAGGAACAAGCUUGGAUUGUUUUGAUCUGGGGCUUUCCUGUGGCUCUAACGGUGUGAUUAUCUUUAGAACACACACUGUGAUUAGUUGCUGGUGGUAAUGGGCUUAGCGCACCAUUGACUCUUUUUCUGUGUGUUUCUCCACAGUGCCCGUGCUGGUGAUGGCAGGUCUGUGCAGUGUCUUUACCUGCUGCUUCGCUAUCUUCUUCCACACAGAGUACAGGAGACUGGACGCUGAGGCACAGGCUGGUGGAAAAAAGCCAACUCUGACAACCUGUAACAACUCCAACAAGCCAAACUCUGAUGACCCGCCAAACUGACAACACACAAGACUCUGACCAAAAGGAGGAACAGGCCAGUGGUUAACUGAACUGCUAUUGAGAUGACCACCUCAAUGGCAUCGUUUCGGAAGCACGCCAACUCUCACAGGAGGCCAAGUGUAUUGACUUAACAAUACAUUCCUUUAUAUUUAUAGAUAAUUUCACUUUAUAGUACAAGUAUAGUCUCUAUAGACAGACUGGUUGCCUCCCAUAAUGUACCAAUGCUCCAGCUUACACGUCUGAAGAAGUUCUGGCGUCAGCUGGGACAGAGGACGAGUCGGAAAUGGGAUGCACAACACCUAGUGCUCUUGCUCCUAGGUCUGGGUUUCCGAGACUAGUACAAAUACCCUAUAAAAUGUCUGAUUACUAUUGUAAGUCAAUGGUAAGGAAGGCAUUUAGAAUGUAACUGAAAGGUUAUUUCUACCUUUGCCAUAUGGCUUCAUUCUCUCAUCUCAAGUGAAUGAUUACAUUUUUACAUAGUGAUAUUUUAUUUUACAGUGAUGGUAAACUGGGCUUUCCUUUUAAUACAGGUAUGCACUGAAUAGCACCUUUGUACUGAGGCGGAGCAGAGUUGAGGUCAUUUCUGCUCUGUAAAAUUGGACAUAUUUUGCAUGCAAAAGGAAUUUCAAUGGAAUUAAACAGAUGUUGAUGGGCAUAUAUGCUUUUGGGGUGUUAAAAAGGUACAGACUAGUUCAUGAAAAAAUCCAGAUACAUAAAUUAUGUCUGUUCCACUUUCUUUUAUACAUUCAAUUGUGUAAAUUGUGUGUUAAGUGCUGUUUUAAACUACUCCUGUAAAUAUACAAAAACAAUAGUUAUUAAAUCACCCACUUUUGACUUCCAAGUCAGUCAUAGGUUUUCUUUCCUUGAAGAGGUGGCUAAGAGGAAAGGGAUAAGGGCAGGAAAUGUAAAGGUUCCAAAGUGUUACACAGUGGCCAACAUAAGACUCUACAGUUUUAAUCAUUUCCCAAUUUCAAUUCGCAUAAAACACAUAAAAAAGAGCACUUUGGAUUCAGGCUCGCCCGCUGCUUUUUGCCCAGUUGAAACCUCAGGUUUUUAAAAGAUCCACUUUAAUAGAGCCCCACAGUGGAAGUGUCAUAAUACCCAUAAAACCUA